AAUCAUUAAGGAACCGAGAGCCAGUGCCUGUGCAAGCCCUCUGGGGGGGGAGGGGAAAGUGACGGGAGAAGAAAAUUUACAGCUUGAGACACAAAAGAGGGAAGCUUUUUGUUUUCGCUUCUCAGGUUCAUGCCUACUUUGCCUCAUUUCCUUUUCUUCUAAAUAUUUUCACUUGCAAUCGAAACGCGUGGCCCGUUCCAACAUGCCGACCAACGGAAUAAAUAAGGCCCUGAAACUGCAAUUUGGGCUCGUCAACUACGAGAGCCGCUACCUGACGGCCGAGGCUUUCGGCUUCAAGGUGAACGCCUCAGGUGUCAGCAUGAAGAAGAAGCAGAUCUGGACCUUGGAGCAGGACGAGCAAGACGGCCAAGUGGUGUUCCUCCGCAGCCACCUGGGCCGCUAUCUGGCCUCCAACAAAGAUGGAAAGAUCACAUGCGGGGCAGAGAAGCCCGACAACGACUGCCGUUUCCUCAUCGUGCCUCAAUCCGACGGCCGCUGGGCACUGCAGUCGGAGCCCUACCUGCGUUACUUCGGAGGCUCGGCCGACUACCUGUCCUGCUUUGCCCAAGUCAUCGGGGAACAAGAGCUCUGGGCCGUCCACUUGGCUUUGCACCCGCAAGCCAGUCUGCUCAGCGUGGCGCGCAAGCGCUACGCCCAUCUGUCCGCUUCGGACGGAGAGAUCUCGGUGGAUAGCAACAUUCCUUGGGGGGUGGACUCUCUGGUCACCUUGGUGUACCUCGAUGGCAAAUACUGCCUGAAGACCUGCGACAGCCGCUUCCUCAGCAACGACGGCAAACUGGUGAAGGAGAACAGCAACAACACCAGCUUCACGCUGGAGCUGAAGUCUGGGAAGUUGGCUUUCAAGGACUGUGGUGGGAAAUACCUGACCCCAGUGGGUCCCACGGGGACGCUGCGAUCUGGCCGAUGCUCCAAGCCUGGAAAGGACGAGCUGUUUGAUCUCGAGGAGAGUCAUCCACAGGUGGUUUUUCAGGCUGCCAAUAAAAGAUACGUCUCGGUCAAGCAAGGAGUGAGUAUUUCAGCCAAUCAAGAUGUGGAGACAGACAUGGAGACCUUCCAGAUGGAGAUUGACAAGGAAAGCAAAAGGUCUAUGUUCAGGACCAAUGGUGGAUCGUACUGGACUCUGGUGACUCACGGAGAGAUCCAGUCUACUGCCACAGAAGUCAAGAUCAACACAAUGUUUGACAUUGAGUGGCGAGGGCAGAGGGUGGCGCUCAAAGCAAGCAAUGGAAAGUAUGUUUGUACCAAGAAGAACGGGCAGCUGUCCGCGGUCAGCGAUACAGUGGGUGACGAUGAAUUGUUCCUGAUGAAACUCAUCAACCGCCCCAUGCUGAUCCUUCGCGGCGAGACGGGCUUCGUGUGUCACCACAAGAACUCCAACACUCUGAACGCGAAUCGAUCCGUCUACGACAUCUUCUCAUUGAUCUUCAACGAUGGUGCCUACAAUAUAAAAAGUGUGAAUGGAAAGUUCUGGUACGUCUCAAGCGGUGACCUCGUGUGCUCGGACGGGGAAAAGCCAGAGGACUUCUUCCUUGAGUUCCUGGAGCAUGGACGCGUCGCUAUCAAAAGCUCUGAUGGCAAGUACCUCCGUGGAGACCAGGGAGGUACGCUCAUGGGUGACGGUACAACUGUUGACGCGUCUUCUCUCUGGGAGUAUUGAUCGGGCUCCUCAAAAGAGAAGCAAAGAGUGAGGUGCAGGACCUGCUUCAGCUCAGAUGAAGGGGACUGAACGGGUAAUAUUGUCCUGACUGUUUUUAUACAAGCUGCCAGGUGCCCAAUCUCAAUCUUUUUUUUUUUAUUGGGAAGUUUAUUGGGAACACACAGCUCAAGAUGUGUUUUUUACAGUCUAUGUUAAAUGUUGUGUUUUUUAAAUGACAAUGCCAACAUCAAUCGACACAUAUUGUGUGAUAUCACAAAAACAGAUUUCCUUCAGACGAACGUUGUAGGUACAAUACAAGGUCAAGGAACAACCAAAUAUCUCUGAGGGCAGCCAUACUGAUCCUUGCAAACAAAAUCAGUGUCGCUGCCCAACUGGUACGUGAGGGGCAACUAGAUUAUCUGCCAUCGUUUAAUUUCUCUAGCUAAGUAGAACAAAUGACUUCAAAAUCGGACAAUGUAGAAAUAAACUUAUUUUGGUUCACGUGACUAGAACUUCAUCAACAACCUUUAUCGGGAUAUUUAUAUAACCUGGAUGCCACUACUUAUCCCACUGGGUUUGUUUACAGAUUUCUAAUGAGUUCAAUACGUUGAUAUAUUCUAUUGAUCAUCAUUGGCGUCACCGUGAGCAAAGGUAAUGCACCGAUGGCUGGUGCCAAUGAUGUUUUCAUUUAUCUCAAUAAAGCAUGUACAGUUUCCACAAAAGCACCGAUGUGAAGUAGGUGAGAUAGAGUACUGUGUCAGACACCUCUGCAAUGCUCAACGGUAUUAAUAAUUGCAAACACUGAAAUAGUUUUUUGUGUACCACAUAGAAAUACUGAGUCGGGACAUGUUCAGGGACGGACGUCAGCACAGAUGUUGUAUACAUGCUGAUAUAUAUAUAUAUAUAUAUAUAUAUAUAUAUAUAUAUAUAUAUCAGGGCAAAUUUAGAGCAAUUUGAUGAUUUAUACAUAAUUUCAUAAGUGCUCCUCUGGUGUUCUGCCUAGGGGCCUUUAACAAUACUGCACUCUUAUACACUGUUCUAAUGUCCAGAGUUUGGUGGCAGAGAUUAGAAAAUAUGCUGGAUUUGAACUGACAGAUUCGGAGAAAGAAAAAUGUCUUACUGGAAUAAAUUCGGCCAUUGCAACAGCGACUGCCGUGAAACCCAUAUCCAACGUGGCAGCGGGCAUGUUAUGUUUCACUUUGGACAAAGCUGGGGCAUCUGCCUUCCCUCCGGCAUUGUGCACGGCUCGGCCGAGAACAUCCCAUUGAAACUGACAUGGAUCCCCCAUCUAAUUCGGGAAAAGACGGCAAACAAUUAUUUCACAAAAUGCUCCAGUGUAAAAUGAGUAGUAUCUUGUUGGCCCUUGUACUGCACAGCGCUUUGAAAGGAGGAUGUUCUAGUAUUUUUUUCAUCUCAGAGGACCCACUGAAUUAGUGAUCAUCAACGUCACACGCCAACCUGACUUUAUUGGCACAGAUGUUGGUGGGCAGAGAAGAGGACAAUCUGACUCCAUAUACAAUUUAUCCUGUCGGUUUGUGGCGGUCAUCUACCUGGAAGAGAAUAAAUCUGCAAUAGUUUAAGUGUAAUGUAAUUACAACCUGUGUUUAUUCUAAACCUGUGUUUUUGUGAUAUGUGCAAUUUGAAAUUAAUAGAGAGACAUUUUAGAAAGCAAGUUCUAAAAGGCUUGUUCACCAAAGUACAGUAUCCUGUCAGCCCCCGGCCAUAUUUUAGAAUGGAUUGAUUGUUAUUGUUUUUUUGUUGUAUGAUAUUUGCUUUCUGAUAUGAAUUUUGAAAAUGUUGAUAACAAUAAAAACAUUGACAAUA